AUGGAUGCUGCGGGAAGGGGCUGCCAUUUGCUGCCCCUGCCAGCGGCGCGCGGACCUGCUCGUUCUCCUGCAGUGGCGGCCGCCGCCCGCGCCGUCAGCCGGCCCGGCCUCUGCAGCGCCGCCGCCUCGGCUCCCUCCGCGGCCGCCGGAGCGGUCGCCAUGAACCCCAGCUCCUCGGCGGGAGAGGAGAAGGGGGCGACGGGCGGCAGCAGCAGCGGCGGAAGCGGCGCCGGGAGCUGCUGCCUGGGCGCCGAGGGCGGCGCGGACCCGCGGGGCGCGGGGGCAGCGGCGGCGGUGGGGGCCGCUGCCCUGGAAGAGCCCGCGGCCGCCGGCCCGAAGGAGAAGGACGAGGCGCUGGAGGAGAAGCUGAGGAACUUAACUUUCCGGAAGCAGGUCUCUUACAGGAAAGCAAUCUCCCGGGCAGGCCUGCAGCACCUGGCUCCCGCACAUCCCCUCAGCCUUCCUGUGGCAAAUGGUCCAGCAAAGGAGCCCAGAGCGACUCUGGACUGGAGUGAGAAUGCCGUGAACGGAGAGCACCUGUGGCUGGAGACCAACGUCUCAGGAGACCUGUGUUACCUGGGAGAGGAGAACUGCCAAGUCAGAUUUGCAAAAUCGGCCCUGAGGAGGAAGUGUGCGGUCUGUAAAAUCGUCGUCCACACCGCCUGCAUCGAACAGCUAGAAAAGAUUAAUUUCAGAUGUAAACCAACAUUUCGAGAAGGGGGCUCCAGAUCGCCAAGAGAAAACUUUGUGCGUCAUCACUGGGUGCACAGGCGUCGGCAGGAGGGAAAAUGUAAGCAGUGUGGUAAGGGCUUCCAGCAAAAAUUCUCCUUCCACAGUAAAGAGAUUGUGGCUAUCAGCUGUUCCUGGUGCAAGCAGGCGUUUCACAAUAAGGUGACCUGCUUCAUGCUGCAUCACAUUGAGGAACCCUGCUCCCUGGGGGCUCACGCUGCUGUUAUUGUCCCGCCCACCUGGAUCAUUAAGGUGAAGAAACCUCAGAACUCCUUGAAGGCUUCAAAUCGGAAGAAGAAGAGGACAAGCUUUAAAAGAAAAGCCAGUAAAAGAGGAACUGAACAGGAAAACAAAGGUCGUCCUUUUGUGAUAAAACCUAUCUCUUCUCCUCUCAUGAAACCCUUGCUUGUGUUUGUGAACCCCAAGAGUGGAGGCAACCAGGGAACCAAAGUCCUACAGAUGUUCAUGUGGUACCUGAAUCCACGGCAGGUGUUCGAUCUUUCUCAGGAAGGGCCCAAAGAUGCGCUUGAGUUGUAUAGGAAAGUACCAAAUCUGCGAAUUCUGGCCUGUGGCGGGGAUGGAACGGUGGGCUGGAUCCUUUCUAUUCUGGAUGAACUGCAGCUGAGCCCUCAGCCUCCUGUUGGGGUCCUUCCUUUGGGGACUGGGAACGACCUGGCUCGGACUCUCAACUGGGGAGGGGGCUACACUGAUGAACCUGUUUCUAAGAUCCUUUGCCAAGUAGAAGAUGGGACAAUUGUACAGCUAGAUCGCUGGAACCUGCAUGUGGAAAGAAACCCAGACUUGCCUCCAGAAGAACUUGAAGAUGGCGUCUGUAAGCUUCCUCUGAAUGUUUUCAAUAAUUACUUCAGCCUUGGAUUUGAUGCCCACGUCACACUGGAGUUCCAUGAAUCCAGAGAAGCAAAUCCAGAGAAAUUCAACAGUCGUUUUCGAAAUAAAAUGUUCUAUGCGGGGGCAGCUUUUUCUGAUUUCCUACAGAGAAGUUCUAGAGAUCUAUCCAAACAUGUUAAAGUUGUUUGUGAUGGAACAGAUCUUACUCCAAAGAUUCAGGAACUGAAGUUCCAGUGUAUAGUAUUUUUAAAUAUACCCAGAUAUUGUGCAGGCACAAUGCCCUGGGGGAACCCAGGAGAUCACCAUGAUUUUGAACCUCAGCGCCAUGAUGAUGGUUAUAUUGAAGUCAUUGGAUUCACUAUGGCCUCUUUGGCUGCCCUGCAAGUUGGGGGCCAUGGGGAAAGGCUACACCAGUGUCGGGAGGUCAUGCUGCUCACUUACAAGUCCAUCCCCAUGCAAGUGGAUGGGGAGCCCUGUAGGUUGGCCCCCGCUAUGAUUCGGAUCUCCUUGAGGAAUCAAGCCAACAUGGUACAGAAGAGCAAGAGGAGAACAUCUAUGCCUUUACUCAAUGAUCCCCAGUCUGUCCCAGACCGCCUGAGGAUCCGGGUGAACAAAAUCAGUUUACAAGACUAUGAAGGAUUCCACUAUGACAAAGAGAAACUUCGGGAAGCUUCUAUCCCUCUGGGUAUUCUAGUUGUGCGUGGAGACUGUGAUUUGGAGACUUGCCGUAUGUACAUAGACCGCCUACAGGAGGACCUGCAGUCAGUUUCUUCUGGCUCCCAGAGAGUUCAUUACCAGGACCACGAAACCUCCUUUCCCAGGGCGCUCUCAGCUCAGAGACUCUCCCCACGGUGGUGCUUUCUAGAUGCAACUUCUGCUGAUCGCUUUUACCGAAUAGACAGAUCUCAGGAACAUUUGCACUUUGUGAUGGAGAUUUCCCAAGAUGAGAUUUUUAUUCUGGACCCAGAUAUGGUGUUGUCACAGCAGGCGGGGACACCUCCAGGAAUGCCCGACCUGGUGGUGGAGCAAGCCUCAGGAAUGUCCGACUGGUGGAAUCCGGCCCUACGGAAACGGAUGCUGAGCGAUAGUGGGCUGGGAACGAUGAUACCUCCGCAUUAUGAGGACUCGGAUUUGAGAGAUCUCAGCCACUCCCGUGUGCUACAAAUGUCCGACUGGUGGAAUCCAGCCCUACGGAAACGGAUGCUGAGCGAUAGUGGGCUGGGAACGAUGAUACCUCCGCAUUAUGAGGACUCGGAUUUGAGAGAUCUCAGCCACUCCCGUGUGCUACACCUCUACAUCCUUAUCUGUAAGGUGGAGCUCAUCAUAUCUACCCUGUCUACCUCGUGCGAUUAUGAGUUCAAGUGGGAGAUCAUCUCAAUUUUGCAGGCAGUAAUAGCUGGUGAUCUUAUGAAGCUAAUGGAAAGCUAUAAAAAUGGAGGCAGUCUGCUAAUUCAGGGGCCGGACCACUGCUCCCUCCUUCACCACGCAGCCAAAACCGGCCAUGGGGAGAUCGUCAAGUAUAUUCUGGACCACGGACCUUCCGAGUUAUUGGAUAUGGCAGACAGUGAAACGGGUGAGACGGCACUGCACAAGGCUGCCUGCCAACGGAACCGGGCUGUGUGCCAGCUUCUGGUGGACGCGGGAGCAUCUCUGAGAAAGACCGACUCCAAGGGUAAGACCCCUCAAGACCGAGCACAGCAGGCUGGAGACCCAGAUUUGGCUGCUUACCUAGAAAGCCGCCAGAACUAUAAGAUCAUUGGCCAUGAGGACCUGGAAACUGCUGUUUGACCCUGGUAGAUGGCAACAAGAACCUGAGCGAGUAUAUCACCUCUGCCUCCCGGCGAUCGGGCAGCUCCCCUGGAAGAAGGUGAUGGAAUCCACACAUCUGUCUCUCUCUGCAAGAGUCUAUCUGAGACCAUGCCACCAGUUGUUAAGGGCUACGGUUGUUAAGGAUGUACAACAGAACACGAUAGCCCGCUGAGGAAGAGGCAGGAUACCUGGAAAUUUGUGGAAUACACGUUCCACAAAAUUUGAUCCUUAUUGCUUCCAGCAAGUAGCAUGAACUUCUGUGUUCACCUGUAUAAUUUAUUUUCGAGAUUCAAAGGAUGUUCGUACAAAUGGCACUGCUCCCUCCUCCCCCUAUACACUCAUGAUUCCUCUGUACCACACAAUUCUGCAACUACCCAUCAUUCACAAAAAUACGAUCUGCUCUCCUUACAUUCAGUCUUUGAAGACCGCAAGACACUCUGGAGGUCUUUGAAAACCCGCUGGAUGUCCUGCAGAAACACACUGUAAAGCUGCUUCCGUUUCCAAGACGAAAUAUACCGAGACUAUUAGCGACUGUUUGCAUGUCUCCCCUCCCUCCCUAACCCCUUGUCAUUACGUAGGAGCUGGGACGUGCCACAUGGAUAAUGUCAACUUGUGUGCUGUUAUCUCUGAGGUAUGGUGAGGUGGCAUGGGAGGGAACCCCGGGGGUGGCCCUGGUUGCAGGGCUGUUGCUGAUAGCCAUGAAGGACUGGCUCAGCUUGGGCUGUUUACACAGCCGCAUACUGCCUACGUGUAGCCAUCUCUGCCUUUUGCUGCAAAAGAGACGAGCAAAGGAUUAAACGAAGGCCCACGGCUGGUUUGGCGAACGGCUGGAUUUUAAGUGCAGUUGAAGUUGCUGAGCAGAAAACCAUGUGUGGGGACUGUGGUUACAGGAACUGGAGCACUGUGACAGCGUUUACUUCUAGACUUUCUCUAGUGAUAAUAGAAAGCAGGCUAAUUGACUUGAAAUAAAACAGCCAAUGCAAAAUAGCAACAUAUGUCAAAAUAACUCACUUAAGCAAGGAAACAGUCACCGGCGUGUUGCACAGAGGCUAAUAAGUAGAGACUCUUGGGUGCAGUGGUGAGAGGGGGCCCAUUUUAGGUUUUCCUUAUAAGUGUUUGGUUUUCAUUACCCCGAGUAAGCCUUGUCCCAAGGACGAAGCCUUGUUUUAUGAGUUCCACUAACGGAUUUCCAGGACGGCUGGAUCUUUCCAAUGGACACCUCACCUUUUACUUGUCAGGUCCCAAGGUCAUACCUGAUAGCACUGCAACCCCAUUUCUUACGUACAGGGUAGUAUUAUUCUAUUCUUUUCUCUGUUUUCCCCUCCCAGGAGAGUCUUAGUACAGAACCACUGUGGGAGCCUAGCCAGAAAUAUGGCUCUGGCAUUGGAAUUACAGCUUCGAAUCCUACCACAGAUCAGUUGGUACUUACAGGUCCCUCUAGUAGGGACUCUGUGUUCACUACAAGAACGGGAGGAAAAGGCUCCUAACUUUCAGUGAAGAGGUCUACUUGACUUGGGUAUCAGUCAGAAAUCAAACUGGGUGAUCCAGGUUUGUUUCAGACUAAAACUGAUGUCUUCUGAGCUUUCUUGCAUUUUGCUCUUAGACACAAGCGAAGUGCUUCCCUAGUGUCUCUGCAUGUGAACGUAUAAAUGAUCGUACUUCUACAUUUAAUGUAAAGGUCCGGUGGUGACGCAUUGCUUACCUGAACCGUAUUUUGGUCACAUAUCAUUUUGAGAGGACAGAUAUGAGUACCGUAUUAAGGAAGAAUGGCUUCUCCGUGGACGGGGAUUAAGUAUCUCUUUAGCCGUUUCAAAAUCAAAUUGUUGGUGUUAUUUCCAGCUGUGGGAGAGUAAGUUGGUUAUGAGUAAUCUAUUUCCAUCUAUCAGUCUUAGAAAUGGAAUUAUCUCUUGGGUUUUAUGGUGAGGUAGGGAGGACAGCAGUAGAUUGUUUCCAGAAACUGGAAAAAAUAGGCUCCAGGAGAAUUUAAUCAUUGGGCUUCAUCUGGGAGUUUUUCAGUUGGUGGGACUGUCAGAGAGAUGUUGUGAUGACAGAAAUAUAAUCCUUAAAACAGACUGGAAUUUGGCUUUGAAAGGUGCCUUCCAUUCCCUAGAUCGAGCCAAACAGUUGGCCACACAGUCGGCUACCCAGCUGCCAUUUCUGGGAUAAAGGACUAUUUUCACCAACUACCAUCUCAUAUUUCUUUGUGAUGCUUCAAAGCAGCCCAGAGAAAAUUUAGGGUACAGAUGGCUAUGGGCCAAUUCAAAUAGGUCCAACUGAAGUCACAAGUAAAUUCCUGGUAUGAAAAUAGAUAAGGUAAUGACUACUGUAGGGGUUCUGGUACAUUUGGAAAUCAUUCCAAGCCAGAAAAAAAAAAAAAAUUUCUACACUAUGGAUGGGAAACUAUGUACAACCAAGGCAAAUAUCUCUUUGAAAAAGCAAACACCCUCAGGACUUGGGUUUUCCAAGAAAAGAACAUCAAAAAUGAAUAGAACGGUUACAUAUUUAAUGAAUUCAAUAUUAAACCUACCUCCUGUAUCAUUUUUUAAAAUUGAUCACUGCAUGUGACACUUCUGGGCUUCAGAAAGAGCUGAGGCGCCGUAUGCUCCAGGAGUUUCCAGCUGAGCGCAAGUAUAUAGUAUCCCCUUUAAUGGGCCAUCGGAAAGGGUAGAAGCCAGUGGUCUGGCCCUGGUCUGUAUCUGCAAACCCACAAACGUUUAAUUUAAAAGACAUAAAGCUAUAUACUUCUAGAAAUACUAUUUUCUACAAAACCUCCCGAGACAGUACUGGAGUGUGGCUGGCUUAGCAACCAGUCCUCUGUGUUUGGCACGGAGGAGCCCCUCAUGGGCUGGGGCUGUCUGCUCCGGAAUUCCAUUUGUGGGUUCGGUUGACGGGGAGGGGUAUGAGAAAUGGAGAGUUAUUACAAGACAACAUUAUAGAACCUUAAAAGUAGUCAUUUUUGGAGCCAUAUAUUCCAGGAGUGCAGUUAAUGAAAUAGAACCCAGUUUGGAACCCAGCUUAACCCAGUUAAGCUGUGCUUUAUCACAUUCAAGGACUGAUAAAAAACAGAAGCCAAGGAGGAAAUAAACACCAUGGCCGCAAAUUUUGCUCUGAGAGUUCUGGUUACCUCUUUGGAGGCUAUAACCUAAAGCCCAUGUGAUUUCUGAAGAAGAGAAUUUAGCUGGCGAGCGCACAGCCAUGACAUUAGUGACUGCUGAUGGAAAGCCUCAUGCACCCCAUUGCUCCCUAACCCAUCAUAGUAGGCCUUAGCGCUUAGGGGGAUGUGUUUGUGUUGGGAGAUACUCAACAGGCAGUUUGUUUUUGGACCUUGUAACCAUUUCUUUACUAGACUUCUCAUAAUAUCUGUGUUUUAUAAUAUGUGGGGCAGCAGUUUUAUUUUUUUACAUGUCAAUUUUAUUUCAAAUAUUUAGAUUCUUUAAUCAUAAAUGUAGAGCAUACUUUUUAUUUUAAAAAAAGUUCUGAUAGCACAGAUGAAAAUCACAGGCAAGGUCAAGGUGUUCCUCUGUGCUGUUGUAGUGGCCUGAGUCCCACUCCCCAGAGAUCAACAGUGUUAACACUGAUAAACAUUGUGCUUAUACGUCAUGUCAGAAAGACUCUGUGCACACAGGCCCCCACACACAUAUAGAAAUGUAUUUAUUUGUGUGCAUAUGUGUGUGUGUGUGUGUCGAUAUAUAUAUCCACACACACAUAUAUAUAUACACACACACAUAUAUAUAUACCCCCUACACACAUUAUUGCUUAGGUUUCCAGUAGACAAAACAUUUUAGAAGCAUGCUAAUCAUCUCUCUAUGUAUAGUUCACACCAACAGGCAAAGACAAGCUAACAGGAAUUUUUCAUUUAUUCUUUGUUGUUUUUCCUGCUGCUAAGCUCAGUUCUCUUACUGCAGCCACUCCAGGUGCACAUGGCGUUUGCCAUUGCCUGUGUCAUAAAAUCCAUGACCAAGAGGUCUUAAAAUUGUUUAUGUUCCUUCCAUGAAGCAUGAGACCUACCUGAGCCCAGGGACUUGUCUGUGCUAUUUUUGGAUCUCAAAUGGAGAGCUUUCUCUGUCAUGCUCACUCCACUUUACAAGGCUGAGUUUGCAGGGGCGAACACUCCAUACAUUGCCUAAUGAUAUUUAAUGAGGGCAAGCUGCUGCCAGGAAGGUGUAGGAACUUGGGUAUGGCCUGGGGUCUGAGGAGCUUGGCUUCCUUCCAGGAGGAGUAGCUCAUGAAAAUCCCUGAAAACAGCACCAUCCUUUAUUCAGCCGUGCUGUUUAAAAAUAAGAUAGAUCGUUGUUGAAAUGAUGCAUCAUAGCCAUCAAAUAAAACUAAUUGCUCUACUUAAAUGGAUUAUUUUCAGUUUAGGUAAGAAAAAAAGUAGAACAUCUAUUAAAUGAGAGACUUUUCUAAUGAUUUUUUAACAUUUAUUUGUAUAAAAUCAUUUCUGCCCUGGUCUCCAUAGAACCUUCUCUGAAUCCCUCUACUUUCUCAUUCUCUGAAUUCCCUAUUCAGCUGAUUGUUGUAGUUUUCUCUGUCUGCUCUCUCUGAUGGACUUUGGCCCUGUCCCUGUCUGUGCCCUGGUCUUCACUCAUCUUUAGUCCCUCCAGUUUCUGACCAUGGCAAGAGUCCUCCUGGACUUUCGGCCACCACCCUCAGUCAUUUUGUCAUACAGACACCCAAAUCUUCCCCAGGUAUUCUGCUCAAAGUGGAUCAGAAUGAAAUUAACCUCUGGACAAGUAUCCUGAAGAACAAUUAGAUGUCCACUGACUGAUCAUUUUACAGGGUUACAACAUGCCUUAUUCUGAGAAGCCAUCUGCCAUAGAGGUUAGCACGCGUCGAUCUUAGCCUCACUGUGGGCUCCACAAUCGUGGCGGCUUCUUCCAUGUCGGUGACGUAAACCACGUGCUCCCCUAAGUCACCUAGAUGACUAGAUUAUAUAUGUGUUAUACCCCUAGUGGCCAUCUGUAGACUUUAGGCUGUCUCCCCACAGUUUACGGAGAAGCCUGAAAAUAGGAACUAAGCAAGGGCAAGUGCCCUUGGGAAACCCGCUCUCCCAGGACACAUGGCACUGACCUGGUCCCAAAAAGAAAGAAGAAAAAAUAAUUCUUAGGCUGUUGCAGCAUUGCCAUUUAAAGUAGAGAUUUGAAUAUGGAAUGUUAUCCUCAUGGUAGACAGAUUCGAGAGUCUAUAUAUGUAUUCAGGCAUUCUGCAUGCAAUCAUAUGUUCAUGAGUCAAGCAGACAUUCGUAUAUUUAAUCAUUUAUAUGAAAAAUAAUUUAUCCCUUAGUCUGAUGCAGGCAACAUGCUAAGGAUCUAAGAGUGAAAGCAAGAGCCAAAACUCUUGACUUUAUGUUGCUGGCAGCCUCGGAGAAAAGGCAGAUUCCAAUAGGAUCAGUUCUGCGUGGGAGCACAGGGUACCAGGGAAGCAUGCACUAGGGAGUACAUCAGGCCUUUAUCGCGCCAGACACUCUUCAGCCAGCGAUGUUUAAGCUCUCUGAAAUAUGAAAUGAGAAUAUGAAUAUGAAAGAAAUGAUAUUUUGCAUUUCCUUAAGGGUCUUGGUCUUGUUCUUAAAAAUGUAUUUGUAACCAAGACUUUAAGAUGAGACAGAAAUAUGACUCCAAUAAAAGCUAAAACUCAUGCUAUUUCUCAAGGAUAGAACUAGAAGCAAUAGGCAAAAUUUGCAGUGGGUUUUGACUGAAUACAACAAUGAAAUAUAUAUAUUGUCAAAUAGUGGGGUGGGCACCCUUACAGUAUUAUGUGCAUUCAGCGCCUGGGACUGUUUGAACAGAGGCUACCUGACCCCUGGAGGGGCUGAAAUCAGAUGCUGAGAAUUUUUAAGUUUUUUUUUUUUUUUGGAAUGAUGAAUGACAGGGCUUCAUUUUUAAGAGUUUAUUAAAAUCUUGAUUUUUAAUCUUUAAAACAUCACAGUGAGAGCAAAAAUCUUGAAGAAAUGACUUUUGGCUAUCACUGAAAGAAUUUUAAACCAGCUAAGCCUGAAUUUAAGAGCUAGUAUAAAGCAAAUAUACUAAGAGGUCUGACUAACUCCAAAAUGCUUCUAGAAACAUCACGGAGUUUGAUGAAUGUUCUUAGGCAGUCUUAAGUCAUAUUAGAAAUCGGUUUUACUGUCCAUCCAAUGUAAAAAAGUGCUGUGAUUUGAUAUUCUCACAAUUAAACGUAAUCUACUACAACCACAGAAGAAAAUCUUGCCUAAAAGAUAUUUGGGAUCCAAGUAAAUGGACACAAAAGACAGUCAUGGAAAAUGCCUUUGCUUCUGCUGCAGGCAUGAUAAUUGCUAGGGAGCGCUCCCCCAUGAAGAUAAGUGAUGAUUCUGAAUGUUUUCCGGAGUUUUCAUGUUUUGAGCCACAUGGCAUCUGAAAGGGAUCCCUUCGUGGUGGGAACAACCAAAACGAUCUUCUUUCUCAAUCUUUUAGCGAAACACAUAUAGCUUUCAAUAGAAACUAGUUUAAACAACUCCAAUCUAUACUGCUUCCUGUUAUAGUAUUAUUACAAUUUCAGGAAUUUUUAAAAUUUUCGUGUUUUAGCAUUUCGAUGCCCUUGUGACACCUUUGAGCUUCAGUGCAAACCCACGAAGUGGAUCAUGCAGACCAUUUUAGAUGAAGAAACCACAUCUCAACACAGUGAAUUCAACUUGCACAGAUUCAUAUAGUAAAUGGUAGAACCGCAGCCAGAAAUAACAUCUCCCACCCUUGCCUUCGCUGCUGUUUAACAUCAGGCAGAUUUCCAUAAUUUAGAAGGUGCCUCCUUGAAAAGAUAAUGACUUAGCAUCCCACAGCAAGAGUUGGGUAGAACUGAGGGAAACUGUGAAGUUAAAAAGAGUUUUUGCUAUCAGAGGCUUAUCAAGUUGAGCAAAGUUCAAGGGGAAAAAAGGUCAAAUGUUUUGGUGCCAGGGUGGAUUUCACGAGACGCUAACCCUGAGGGUGAGUUCCUGGCUUCUCUAUGAUUCUCAACAUUUAAAAAUGUUCAUACUGUCUUCUCUCCUUGGAAGUCACUAUUAGAAUAUUUUAGAAUUCUGUACCAAAAAGUGUUGAAAAUGGGCUUGCCAUUCAAGACUCUUGCUCUAAGUGGGUGGACAUGCAAAGCUAUGUCUGUCCUACCGUCACAUACACAGCAGUCUGAUACACCUGUGGGAAGUUCUGCUGACCUUGAAAUGGGAAGAAUAAACAGACCGGAGAGAGUCUUCAAUUCCGGAUCUCAUCUUUUAUUAGGCAUCUCAAUGCGCAGAUCAGUGACUAUGUAGGAGAAGGAUGUUUGGUCUGGGAAGAGGACAAAGUUAGAUCAGGAACGGAAAAGUUUGGAGGAGACAGGUGAAGUAGAAAGGUGAGAUUCAAGUUCUCUAGGGCAAUUUGCAGAAGAAAGCAAGGACAGAAGAGUUCAGAACAGACAUGAAAAGGAGGUGGCGUUAUUACUUGUAGAAGGAUUUCUUUUUUUCCUAAACAUUACAUCCAGAAAAAUGGAUGGGGCUUUCUGAAAAACAAAGUGACUUAUAGCAGCUAGGGGUUUUUUUUCUAGUAUUUAAGCAAAAAUUAACCAAAUGAGGAAACACCAAAAGCACUUCCUUAAUUGUGAGGGACCUUAGAGUAAAAGAUUUAUGUGAUAUUUUCUAGUUUUAGAUUUCUAUGAUUUUGGACUCAGGCAGAACUCAUUUAGAGCCUUCAGUCUCUCUAGGUUCCUGCCAUGUAGAUGGCAAUUAAAGCUUUUUUGUAAAAACACCAAUCAUUACAAAUAUAUCCCAGAUCAUUGAGAAGCAGGUAUUUCAUGACCCUAAAACAAUUUGCUUUGCUUAUAUACACACUUGCACUGUGCACACGCGCACUCGCACACUCACACAUGUAUAUAUAACACAUAUAACUCUUUGUCCAUUGUUAACCAAUUUCCAAAUCUCCUGAGAAAGAUGUGUUUCUACUAACAGUCACAAGUUCACUAAUUAAAGAGAAAAAAAAGGACCUAGUAUUCAUUUUCCUACUUUCUACCCAUUUGUUGUUUGGGGUAUGUGGUUGUGGCUGGGGCUUGGAGAAGGGGCAGAUCUCUAUUUUCUGGUAAAGAGGUGUAGAGACAAUUUUUGUGACUUAUUGCCAUUAAGUAGGACUUAAUCUUAUUAUCACUAGACUAAAGUUGCUGUAGUGUUUGUGGACUAUAGUUUUUUUAAAGCCCAUUUUUAAAAUCUUUUUUAAAGAUGUAUUUAUUUUUAGAGAGAGAGCGCGUGCUUAUGUGAGUUGGGGGAGGGGCAGAGGGAGAGAAUC